CUAGGCGACUGCAGCUGACGAUGGUUGAUUGAUUUAUCCGCCGAGGCCGUCAAGGGAAAAAAGUGAGCAUGUAGAGGCACCGUUGUACUCAGAGGCAUCAUUAGAACAUGUCGUGUACUUGGAUAAGAGCAACGGGCGUUGAACGGGGCGAUUCGGAGAAGGGAGAAGAUUGCAUGCAACGGUCAGCCUACUCGGAGCUGACGACUACCCGGAGCUCUAAAUCUGGGGCAACCUUGUCUCUGAGGGGACACAGAGUCAACGGGUCAGCAAACCGUUCGAAGGGGCUCCUCGUCCCCUGGCGAUUUAGUCUUGUGCUACGUAGAAGGCCCCUCUCGCGAAUGCCACGAGGGUUGGCAAUAUGAGCAAUAUCAGGUCUCAGGCCUGCUGCAAACAAAGUAGUCUGGGCUACGGACCGUCUUACCAGAGAUUGCUACAAGGCGCAGGCGAAGCAUUGUUGG